CAUGGAAACGUGAACUUGUUUGUCAAUAAAAAUCUUAAACUUGAAAGUUUUGUCGAUUUUUCGAAAUAAAAUCUUGGAAUAGGUUGAGUUACUACUUGCAUAUGUACGUACAACAAUGUCGCAACCGAAAUUACAUGAAAAUCCAAAAGGUGUCCUUGAACAAUAUCUAACCGCUCUGCAAAGUGAAUCGAAAAUAGUGCGUCGAAACGGUUUAGUCAAGAUAAACGAAGAGAUCUUUGAAAAUCCACUAAACGUGGACUGUGACUUGACUUUAGUGUUUCCCGAAAUAUAUGCGCAUAUACUCAAAAGCUUUUCAGACACUUCUGAGGCUUGUAGAGAUUGUGCUAUAACGAUAAUGUCAAAUUUCAUUGACCAAUUGCCACUUAACGAUUACUAUUUAACAUAUAUACUACCAGUAAUCGUCCGUCGCAUAGGAUGCCCAGAAACCGUCGAAGAGUCUGAGGAAAUACGCUUAGUCUUGAUUCAGCUAGUGCAUAAAAUAAUACAAAAGUAUAAAGGCACUCACCUUUUGACACCAUUCAUUAACGAGUUUACUAGUAUUUUGACCAAAACCAGCACGGAUCCGUAUCCAAAAGUAAAACUGGAGGUGUGUGAUUGUAUUAUUUUGCUGACCAAAGUGCUACAGAGAGAUUUCCACUUCCAAUCGGAGAGCUAUGUGAAGCCCGUUUUGUCAAAUUUUGCUCAUCAACACUUUAGAGUGAGGGUUGCAGCUGUAAGAGCUAUAGGUGCAAUAGUCCUAGCAGGUAAUGUUAAAUGCUUCGAGAUGUCCAUCACUCCAAUGGCUGAGAAACUGUUUGAUGAGAACAGCCAAGUGAGACUACAAGUUACCAUGGAAGUUGGUAACUGGAUGCUGACCUAUAGGGAUCGCUACUCAUUCUGGCAUCGGAUGAUACCUUUGCUGCUUACUAGUCUCAGUGAUGUUAUGGCUGAUAUCCGGAACACAGCCACCCAACACUGGGACGCCAUCGGCUUGCAAUAUAUGGAGGAAAAUGAAGAGGACCUCAAAAAGAAAACUGACUUCCUCAAAGACACGCCGGCGCACUAUCCCGAUGUUAAACGACCUAAUCUCGGAUGCAGGAUAUUGGUGCAGAGUAAUAUCGGGAAAAUUGUUCCCGCUAUUGGUAGAGAGAUGGACGGCUGGCAAGCCGACGCUCGCCUGCGCUGCGCUCAGCUGCUGUGCUGGUUGUUGCUGUGCGCCGAAGAGGGCGCCACUCAGCACGCCAACACCAUCGCGCGGACGCUGCACAGAGGCGCGGCCGAUGAUGACUCUAGAGUAAUACUUGAGAUUAAGCGUGCCUCGGAGUUGUUCGGCUACUUCAUAACACCGGACACGUGGUGGCCGCUGCUGGAAGCUGAGGCUGACUCGUGGAGCGCCCUGUUCGUCAUCACCAACAUCUUGAAGGGGUCCCGCUCUGAGCUUGUCAAAGACAAGGUCAUGCAAGAGGUGUGCAAGGAGUUGGCAGAUCCAGAUAGGUGCCGCGUGAGAAAACUAAAAUACCAAACGAACAUGUUACACGUGACGGAGGCGCUAAUGGAUCUGUGCAAAGGCGAUUGUGUCGCUGUAGCAGAGGACUUGUUCAUUGUCAACUUCACCGUGUACGCGAUGCCGUAUGACGACAACGUGCAAUUUAUGGCACUGUCGAAUUUAGACAAACUCCGCUCCAUAGAGAAGUGCGGCCGUACCCUGACGUCGCUGUACAACAAACACAUCCGUCGGAUACUGGCCGACAUCAACAGUGACGCCGUCACUUGGAGCCUGCUCACCCCUGAGCGGUGUCUGCUGGAGUGCGUCCUGUUACAUUCAGGAUCAGCAAUGGGCAGUCAAUUACAUUUAAUCGCACCGCUACUAAAGGACAGUUUGGCUCCUCCGAAGGUGGAUCCUGAAGUGAAGCUGAAACUAUUCACAGCACUGUCCACUGUUUUGUUGCAAAGGCAGUCAAACUUCAAGUCAUGCGACCCGGCCAAGUUGGAGGCGUUUUUGAAGAUAGUUAUAGAUGAAGUGAUAAUGCCGAAUCUGGUAUGGUCUCCCGGUAGAACGGCGGAAGCUAUUCGCACUGCGGCCGUCGCGUGUUUGUGUUCAGCUUUGCAGGACAAUCCUGAACAGGAUUCUGUUGAGAGAGGGGGUAAUGGCGACACUAAUGACGAGGCAGUAAACCUAUUCCCAAGUAAGGAGUCCCUGGAGCCGUUCCUCGAUCAAAUGGUACCUCUGUUAGUGGGCCUGGUGGACGACAACUCGACCUUGACGAGACAGCACGCCCUGCGAGCGGUGUGUUGCCUCGCCACCUUGGCCCGACAACGUGGAUGUUUUACCGUCGACAUACUGCAUAAAUUGUAUUUUGUUGUGCUCAAACGACUCGACGACAGCAGCGACAAAGUGCGCUCGUUCGCCGUGCACACUCUGUGUGCUCUAUUCAAAUGUCGUCCGCACGACUACGACACGACUGUCUUCAGUGCGCACGUCGACGCUCUGUACAGCGCUAUGCUGAUACACUUGGACGACGCGGACGAAGCGUUCCGGAAAGAGAUGUUAGAUGCAUUGCUUUGUCUCAGCGUCGUUGAUCCCAGGUUGUUAAUGAAAAAGGUGAAAGCUAAUAUACAUUUAUAUAGAAACAAAGCGGCAUACGAACGACUAUCUAGUCAUAUAGAAAAGAUCAUUAUUUAAAAGUAAUUUAUGUUUUUUGGUUGACAUAGUUUUAGUUAUUUGAUUAUAAAAUUUAUUUUCAUUUCAAUGUUUGUGAAGAAAGGUUCGCAAUUAUGAUUUAUUUUCACUGUUAUAUUUACGUUAAAAUAAAUUAAAUAAUUAUAUAUGGAAUAAUGGUUUUAUUUUUAAUUGAUGUAAUUAAAAUGCAGUAGGCAGGUAUUGGACACUUACCGAUGUAUUUCUAAGUAUGAUGUGACUUAGAACUUAAUAGUAGCCAUUGUCCUAUUUAUAAUCCUCUUUUUUCGUUUGAAAGAACAUACACAGAAGUUGGUUCCAAUUUAUUUUCAUUAUUUACUUAUUAUUAUUGAAU